AUGGAGCAGUUUGUCCGGAAGCAUUUGACCUUCCUGACGUCCUUCUGGAACAAGCUCCGUCCCCGCUCUGUGCCGGAGAGCUGCUCGCUGGGGUAUCUUGGUUCCGAUUCUGUUUCGCUGCACUCGGAGCCGAACUCCAUUUCCUUCAUCCCCAAGUCCUCUCUCUUUAUCGCUUUAUACGCUUUCACAGCCCGAAGCGCAGAGGAACUGAGUGUAAGCGCAGGGGACAAACUGCGUGUCCUCAGAGAAGAAGGAGAGUAUGUCUUAGCUCGGCGGCUGCUGGGGGAGCCGGCCAUGGGGUACGUUCCUGCUGCGUACGUGGCCAACCUCAGCCAGGGCACCUCCGCUCACCGGCCCUGGUACUUCAGCAAGAUCAGCCGAAACGAAGCGGAGCAGCUCCUCCUCUCACCUCCCAACCAGCACGGCUCCUUUCUUGUCCGGGACAGCGAGAGCAGCAAGGGCGAGUACUCUCUCUCAGUGCGCAACCACAUGAAGGUCAGCCACUUCCGAAUCUGCAAGAGCCCCGGGGGCAGCCUGUACAUACAGAAGGGACAUCCCUUCCCCGACAUGGAGGAGCUCCUCGCCUUCUACACCGAGCACUGGAAGGUCAUCCAGAGCCCCUUGCUGCAGCCCUGCAGCCCCGCGACCCCCCCUGAGAGGGAUGGCUGGGAGCGCCCACGCUGGGAGUUCACCCUGCGGAGGAAGCUGGGUGAGGGCUACUUCGGAGAGGUGUGGGAAGGACUGUGGAGGAACACAGUGCCGGUGGCCAUCAAGAUCAUAAAAGCUGACAUGAAAGCGGAAGACUUCACCAAGGAGAUUCAGAACCUGAAGCGCCUGAGGCAUGAGAAGCUGAUCCAGCUGCACGCUGUCUGCUCACUGGAUGAGCCCGUGUAUAUCAUCACUGAGCUCAUGCGGAAAGGCAACCUCCACAGCUACCUCAACAGUCCUGAAGGGAAGUCCCUGGGCACCUCCCACUUGCUCAACAUCGCCUGCCAAGUGGCGGAUGGGAUGAGGUACCUGGAGGAGAAGCACAUUGUCCACCGGGACCUGGCGGCCAGAAACAUCCUGGUGGGAGAGGAACUGACCUGCAAAAUUGCCGAUUUUGGACUUGCCCGGCUCCUCAAGGAUGACAUUUAUUCCACCAGCAGCAGCACCAAAAUCCCAGUGAAGUGGACAGCCCCGGAGGCAGCCAACUACCGCACCUACUCCCUCAAGUCUGAUGUCUGGUCCUACGGGAUUCUGCUCUAUGAAGUCUUCACGUAUGGGCAGAUCCCGUAUGAAGGAAUGACAAACCAAGAAACCGUACGGCAAAUCACCAGGGGCUACCGCCUUCCCCGCCCCAGCUCCUGCCCUCCUGAGAUCUACAGCAUCAUGCUGGAGUGCUGGAGUGGCAACACGGAGGAGCGUCCUACCUUCCUGGCCCUGCGGGAGAAGCUGGGCUUCAUCUACAGACGGCUGCUCAGCUCCUUCUCCUGA